AACCCUUUUUUGCUUGUUGUUUACAAUUUGAUACCCUACAGUGGCAAAGGAACACAACUUUGGAAUGGAUAGUGGAAGAAAAUUUAAGAAGCACCUCAUAAAUUCCAAUCCCAAAGAUCUGAUUAGAGAAAUCAAAUGUCGUCCAGGUCUAUACGACAAAGAGCAACUCGAACAACCAAAACGAGAGCAUAAACAACAACUGUGGAAGGAAGUGGCUGAGAGUUUGACCCCAAGCGAUGUUUGGGAAUCAUAUGACGAAAAUGAAAAGCAUAUGAAAAUUGAAGAGAUCCAAAUCAAAUGGAAAAAUUUUCGCAACCACUUCCUUCGGGAAAUUAAGUUGAUUAGGGCUGGCAAAGCACAUACCAAGAAAAAGUACAAAUAUUACGAUGACAUGGAAUUUAUGAGUCCCUAUGUGGGUGGUAGAUUGUACGGCUCAGUUACACCUAAACGUAAAUCUUGUGACUCUACCGAUGACAGUUGUGAUGAUGAGGAGCCAGAUAAUGAUGUUACCAAUGAUCAGUCAUUGAACACUUCAGAGGAAGUUCAGGAGGAGUCACCUCAACGAACACGUCGUUCUCCAAGAAUGCCUGUAAAGAAGCAGGCACCACCUCGUGAUUCCAUCUCACCCCCUAAGGAUAAUGAGCUGACCAAGGAGCAAAAACUUGUUAUCAAUAAAUUUGAUGAUUUAAAGAAAAUAUCACAAAAAAUACGACCACACAGCACUCCCUCUACCACAAAGACUAAAUAUUCAAUACCUGCCGUUAGUAUGAGAGAUGGAGAUAUAUCUUUUUGCCUGUCGCUAGUACCCACAAUGCGCAAAUUGGAUGAAUCGAAACGACUGAAAGCAAAAAUUGACAUUCUAACAAUACUUCAUAGAUAUGUAGAUGAAGCUACGCCAAGAGCAAAGAAGCAAAAACUUGCGGAGAAUAGCAAAAAUUCAGGAAAUUUAUCCGAAAUGGAGUUGAAGCUAGAAGACUGUACGGAAAAGAAUAUGGAAAAUGUAUGGUGGACGUAACGUACAAGCAUAAGUUCUUUCAAUCAGAUUGUAAAAGUAGAAAUAGGUUCAAUAAAAUUCUAGAGACUAACAAAAUUUGACUAUGACCCUUAUUUAAAGCACGAUUUCCACUGGGAAUAAAAAGUAAUAAAAUUAUUUCUUGAGGGUCCUUGUCAAGAUUAUAUACUUUUGGUUACCACGUAUGUUAAAUAAGUAUUUUUUCUGUAAUAACAAAUAAAACUUUAAAAAUGUAAGAAUAAUGUUGGCGAACCUUGUUGCUGUUAUUACAGCGCAUAUAUGGUCCAAUUUUACCCCUUUGUGAACCAAUAAAUUAUUUGGGAUACAUAGAACAUAUUUUUAAAAAUAAAAUUUCACCCUAUAUACAA